GUAAAAUCCCCGACAGCAAGAAUGGUUUAUUAAUAGCACAUCUGAAUAGACAUAAAGUCCAGGCCUAUGGCAUACUAUAAAGAAACGGCAAGAACAAACACGAGUGGGAGAUAUGUAUUUAAAAACUUCGCCACUUCCUUCCAUUUUAAAUAUUAAGUUCAGCAAUCAGCAGUGUUGUCACAAUUUACAUUUAUUAUUGCAAUGUUGACUGAAGAACAACUUAGAAUGUUACGAAGCGCAGUGGUUUAUGAUCCAAGUAAAGUUCCAACUGAUCUGCCCGACUUUAAUGUGACGGAUGACAGUAGUAUGGAGCAAUUAAAAAGCAAAAUGAAUGACCGCUUAAGCAAAAUUGAACACAAAUUCCCAUCUGAUGAAUAUAACUUCAUCGAAGAAUGCGACAUCGGUUCACUCACUGGGAAGCAGAUCUUGCAGUUGUUCAUGAAAAUAUUGAACGACCCAACAAAAUAUCAGCCCGGGAAUUGUUUAAUGUUUUCCAUGGAACGGAAAGCCGAAGUAGCUUUUGCAAUUAAUGAUACACGGAGUUUCGAGGUUCGCACAGUUACACGGGAUGAUAAACGUGAUAAAAGAAUGUACCAAAAGAUUUUUGAUGAACAACAUAAAUUCAAACCAAAUAAACGUUGGUCAAGCACGCCACGGACAAGAGCAAAUAUUCGCAAGCGAGUACCUAAGCAAAUUAAGCUAUUUUUAAACAACGAGGUGAACAAUUGCGAGUCGGGUUACCGAUGUGCUUUCCUAGGAAUGCUUCAAGAGUUAGCUAGGGUGGAGAAGCGUAUUGAAGAAGGGCCGUAUAAAGUGGUUUACUCUCAACUACAGCAGGUUCCAGUUGCAGCUUGCGUUAAGUUAGCUGUUGAAGUAAAACCUUCACAAACCGGAAAUCUACAACAAGUGUUUGGUUCGCAUGGUGUUCACGAUGACAUUGAAGAUAAAAUCAAACAAGAAUACGCAGCGGAGCACGGUGUCGAAAUAUCCAGCGAUGAGUUGUAUAAGCUGACACUGCAGGAAAAGAAACGAAUGAGGUUCAAAGCGGCUGAAGAAAUUAUACAAAGUUCUUUCGUGGAACAGAAUGAAGAUGGAAGUUACAACGAUGACGUCAUCAAGCAAGAGGCAAACGAUGUGAGAGAAUUCUUCAUGUGAUUUGGUGG